AUGUGCAGAACUCUUCAGACUGUCAGCCCUUCUCCAGCAUGGACCCCUCUUCGGACGCUGCUGUGGCCUGGUUCUGAGCUCCGGGAUGUUCCGCGUGUUCUCUUCGGAGCGCGGGCGGCAGAAGCAGCGGCUGGAGCUCAGUCUGGCCGGAAUCUGCGAGCUGGAGCUGCUCAAGCGGCGGCAUCAGGCGCUCAUCAUAUCCGCGCUGGGGCUUCACAGUCCAGACCCGCCACAGGAGCACCAGUGGCGGCCCGCGGAGCAGCAGGGCCCGCGCGGGACACCGGAGAGCUGCUGGAGUCUGAUGAAGCUGCUGCAGAAUCAGGUUGGAGAGCUGAAGGUGGACACGGAGAACAGCAGCGCAGCAGCAGUGGAGAACUGCACUGAAGAUGGAGAGCGAACAGUUGGCGCAGGUUUCUCUGAGGCUCCUGAGGGCCCGUCUGACUCCUCCGUUCAAGGUGAAAUCUCCUCGAGGGCCGUUUGCCCCGUCCGGCUCACCGAGAGACCCAAAUCUGCUGGUGAUGUGUGUGUCGGGGGCACUCGCAUCGCAGUUCCCCGCUCUCUCUCUGCACCGUAUCCGCCACUAGAGGGCAUCGCAGAGGGUAUCUCUGAGGAUGAGCCGUGGAUCUGGCAACCCAGCGAGGACAUCGAUGAAAAUCCCACCACAGACGACUACAGACAGGCACAGCACGUGGAAACCUACAUCCUCGGACUGAUUCAGCGGCGCUCUCCUCCUGCCAGACCCAAUAAACCUCGCACAAGCCUCAGUCCCGAACCCAGAGCGGUGAUCCGUCAGAGCAGCUUGAGUCGAAAAGAGCCGCCGUUUGUCCCAGAGAGACUCGCAUGGGCUGAAGACGAGUGUGCAGGAGUCCGCUAUCCCAGAAUGCACACAUCUCUGGAUUUCCCUUGUGGAGCUCUGGAUCUCAGUAGCAGUGAAGCAGAGUCUCCGCAACACUUCCACCAACACACACACACACUCUCUCCAUCCUCUGAUGAGCUGGUGAACGCACAGUAUAUCCCUGCACAGCCAUGUAGAGCUCAAGCACGACCCACAACCUAUAAAUCCCCCAAAUCCUCUUAUUCGCCAGAGAGGAAACCAAGAGCCACACCUAAGAAGUGUCGGUUUACAGAGGACAAGAAUGCACAGAAGAAACCCGGACGAAAAGCCUGUCGUGCACAGUCUGAGAACAGCCUGCUGGGUCAGCGAGGAGUUUCAGAACGCAGAUAUAAUACAGUGGAGCGGGACGCAGUGCGGAGCAUCCCGAAAGCCAGACGUAGCUCGGGCAGACGUUGGCGAUCUACUCAGGAGCUCAGUCAGGAUGAAGCAGAGAUACCCAACGAACAGCCAAUCAGACGCUCCCGUAGAGCUCGACCCGUCUGCGGAUACACCCAUCCCACAGCGCAUCACCCCCAGCCUCCGCUCCGCGAGUACACUGCUCUCCCGGGAGAGUCCGAGUCCAGCCUGAGCGAGGCCGAGUCCCCCGGCUCCAGCUCUCUGUCCAGCGACUCUGAUGGAAGUGGGGGAUUAGUGUGGCCUCAGCAGCUCCACCCCCAGCCGGCUCCGACCACACAGUCACACCCACCCGGACACGACCUGCAGCCCAAAGCCUUCGUGAAGAUCAAGGCCUCACAUGCGCUCAAGAAGAAGAUCCUGAGGUUCAGAAGCGGAUCCCUCAAGGUCAUGACCACCGUGUGAGAGACGCAAACACACACAAACUCUCACCUUCAGGUUCCUGAACAGAGUUUAGGUGGCGAACAGGACAUACAGAUUAUAUACGAAAAGGUUGUUUAGGGUCUACUUCAGUAGGUUUACAUUCAUUCUUUCAUUUUAAUUUGACUUGGUCCCUUAUUUAUUUGGGAUUGUUUUACACAGCCAAUUUAGUUCAUCAAUUCCCCUAUAGCACAUAUGUUGGACUGUGGGGGACACUGGAGGAAACCCACGCCAACACAAGGAGAACAUGUAAACACCACACAGACAUGCCAACUGACCCCGUUGGGACUCGCACCAGUGACCUUCUUGCUGUGAGGCCACAGUGCUGACCACUGACCCACCAUGCUGCCUCUGGUUUACAUUCAUCCAAAGUAAAUAAAGUAAAUCCGCUGCAGCAUUAGCUCUGUUCUCACAGUGUCUGAGAUGGUCUGUUAUGUGGCCUUACUCAUUCUGUUGUGAUUGGUCAAAUGCCCCUACUCUGCUCACCCUACAAUGCUAUAAUUGAUCAGAUAGCUUUACUGUGAUUUGAUUGGUCAGAUUGCUGUACUUUGCUCUGAUUGUUCAGAUGACCCUACCAUGCUCUGAUCGGAUGGGUGACUCUACUCAGACCUACCAUCCUCUAAUUCAAUGGCCUCAAACUCAAUUCCUGGAGGGCCACAGCUCUACAGAGUUAAGCUCCUACCACCUCUAUCUCACACCUGCUUAAUAGUCUCUAGUAGUCUUGGAGACUUUGAUUGGUUGAAUCAGCUGUGUUUGAUUAGGGUUGGAGCAAAACUGUGCAGAGCUCCCUCCAGGAAUCGAGUUUGAGACCUAACUCCUUGAGACCUUGAAAUGCUCUAAUUGUUCAGGUGACUCUACUCUGCUUCUUUUCAAGUUGUGAUUGGUCAGACGACCAUACCUUGCUGACACUAUCACCCUCUAAUUGGUCAGGUGGCUCUACUGUGCUCUGAUUGGUCAGGUGACCCUACUUGGCUCUGAUUGGUCAUAGGCACCCACUCUGCUCCUUCUCAAGUUGUGAUUGGUCAGAUGACACUACCUUGCAGGUCCUACCACCCUCUAAUUGGUCAGGUAGCUCUACUGUGCUCUGAUUGGUCAGGUGACCCUACUCAGCUCUGAUUAGUCAUAUGCACCUUCUCUGCUUCUUCUCAAGUUGUGAUGGGUCAGAUGACCCUUCCUUGCUGACCCUACCACCCUUUAAUUGGUCAGGUUGCUCUUCUGUGCUCUGAUUAGUUAGGUGACCCUACUCAGCUCUGAUUGGUCAUAUGCACCUACUCUGCUCCUUCUCAAGUUGUGAUUGGUCAGAUGACACAACCUUGCUGACGCUACCACCCUCUAAUUGGUCAGGUGGCUCUACUGUGCUCUCAUUGGUCAGGUGACCCUACUCAGCUCUGAAUGGUCAAAUGCACCUACUCUGCUUCUACUCAAGUUGUGAUUGGUCAGAUGAGCCUACUCCUCUCUGAUUGGGCGGGUGAUGCUACCGUGCUCUGAUUGGCCCUACCUUGCUCUGAUUGGUCAGAUGGCUUUAUAGUGGUUCAUUGCUCUAUAGGUCAACAAUAACAGGUGUUACAAACCUGGAAUUGUGCAGAAAGUACAGCUGGCGACUGCUGACUACUAUCCUGAAAGCGUUUACCCCUAAGGAAUACAAAUUAGAGCAAAACUACAUAUUUUCAUCUGAUGAUCAGGAUUGGGUCGAUGACAUUUCCCUGUUGUGUGGAUUUUGGUUCAAUUGCAAUCUGUCUUUCCUGAUGAAUAUUCUGUGACGUGGUCAGUUCAAAGUCAUUAAUUCCUGACCUCUGAAUGUUGCUUAUCUGGGAUAACACACAAAGAUGGCCACACGGACUCAUUUUCAGCUGUAAAUUUGAACUGAAGAUGGUACACAGCAAGGCUCAUUCUGAGAUGCUGAUGCACAGGACUCUGUAAAUGCAAAGACACACACUCAUAUGAUAAUACCACACAUGUACAUAUCUGUAAAUGUUUCCUAUAUUUAUGAAUGUAAUCUGUAAAUAAAGACCUGGGACCACGUCUGCAAACAUCCACAAA